GGGCAAAGCACACUGCUCUGCCUCUUUACAGCUAGACCUGUGUGCUGCGCGGAGCUAAGGCCUUCAGUGUCCCCUUCCUCACCCAGGUGACUCCCAACAUGGAAUCGCAGCGGGAACUCGCAGAGGAACUGCGGCUUUACCAAUCCACCCUUCUUCAGGAUGGUCUAAGAGAUCUCCUGGAUGAGAAAAAAUUCAUCGACUGCACCCUAAAAGCUGGCGACAAAAGUAUUCCGUGCCACAGAUUGAUUUUGUCAGCGUGUAGUCCUUACUUCCGUGAGUAUUUUUUAUCUGACAUUGAUGAGGCGAAAAAAAAGGAAGUGGUACUAGAUAAUGUGGAUUCUGCCAUGCUGGAUUUAAUCAUCAAGUACCUCUACUCCGCCAGUAUUGAUCUCAACGAUGGAAACGUGCAAGAUAUUUUUGCACUGGCCAGCCGCUUUCAGAUCCCCUCCGUGUUCACUGUCUGUGUCUCUUAUCUUCAGAAAAGACUGGCUCCUGGUAACUGUCUAGCCAUCCUAAGAUUAGGACUUCUCCUUGACUGCCCCAGACUUGCCAUCUCGGCCCGGGAAUUUGUGUCUGAUCGCUUUGUACAGAUUUGUAAGGAAGAGGACUUCAUGCAACUGUCGCCACAGGAAUUGAUCUCAGUCGUUUCAAAUGACAGCCUAAAUGUAGAAAAGGAAGAAACGGUAUUUGAGGCGGUGAUGAAAUGGGUGCGAACAGACAAAGAAAGAGUUAAAAGCCUUAGCGAAGUAUUUGAUUGUAUCCGUUUUCGCCUGAUGACAGAGAAAUAUUUUAAAGAUCAUGUUGAGAAAGAUGAUAUCAUUAAAAGCAACCCAGAACUCCAGAAAAAAAUCAAAGUUCUCAAAGACGCUUUCGCAGGCAAACUUCCAGAACCGAGCAAGAAUGCAGACAAGGCUGGGGCUGGUGAGGUGAAUGGAGAUGUUGGUGAUGAAGAUUUACUUCCUGGUUACCUGAAUGACAUUCCCAGGCAUGGAAUGUUUGUCAAAGACCUCAUCCUCUUGAUUAAUGACACAGCGGCAGUGGCUUAUGAUCCCACGGAAAAUGAAUGCUACCUUACUGCAUUGGCUGAACAGAUUCCCAGAAAUCAUUCCAGCGUCGUUACCCAACAAAAUCAGGUAUAUGUGGUAGGAGGACUAUAUGUGGAUGAAGAAAAUAAAGAUCAACCUCUACAGUCAUACUUCUUCCAGCUUGAUACCGUUGCAUCUGAGUGGGUUGGCCUUCCACCUCUGCCUUCAGCGAGGUGUCUUUUCGGUCUGGGAGAGGCAGAUGACAAAAUCUAUGUAGUUGCAGGCAAAGACCUUCAAACAGAGGCUUCGCUGGAUACAGUAUUAUGCUAUGAUCCUGUGGCUGCAAAAUGGAAUGAAGUAAAAAAACUUCCUAUCAAAGUCUAUGGCCAUAAUGUGGUUUCACAUAAGGGGAUGAUAUACUGUCUAGGAGGAAAGACAGAUGACAAAAAGUGUACAAACAGAGUAUUUAUCUACAACCCAAAAAAAGGAGACUGGAAAGAUAUGCCUCCAAUGAAAACCCCACGUUCGAUGUUCGGAGUGGCUAUCCAUAAAGGCAAAAUUGUGGUUGCAGGAGGUGUCACUGAAGAGGGUCUUUCAGCGUCUGUUGAAGCUUUUGACCUCACAACCAAUAAAUGGGAAGCAAUGACCGAAUUUCCCCAGGAAAGAAGUUCCAUCAGUUUGGUCAGUCUGGCUGGAUCCCUGUAUGCCAUCAGUGGUUUUGCCAUGAUUCAGCUGGAAUCCAAAGAGUUUGCACCCACUGAAGUCAAUGAUAUAUGGAAGUAUGAAGACGAUAAAAAGGAAUGGGCUGGGAUGUUGAAGGAAAUACGUUAUGCUUCAGGAGCAAGUUGCCUCGCAACACGUUUAAAUCUCUUCAAAGUGUCUAAACUGUAAAUAAGGAGGUGAAAAAAUGUAAUCGAUUGGGAGGUGGUUUGUUUGGAUAACAGGGCUUUAAUUUAUUCUGGGGGUUUUUUUAAGCCUAUACAGAGAUCCAUGUAGAAAUUAUCCACUAAGUUACUGUGCAAGAGGUUAGCAGUGGGUAUCAAAACCUCAAAGUCUGAAUCUUCAAUGUAAUGACCAUAUCUUAAAACCAUUUUCUAAUGAAAAAUUCAAUAUUAACUUGAACAGAUUAUUUCUUUUGAGAUUUCUCACUCAAUCAACGACUAUAAAGCAGGUUCCUAAAUUUGAGUUGCUAAUCGUUUCAUUUGCAUUUUUAGGGUAACUUUACAUGUUUCCCAUUACAAAUGAAACUGGAGAAUGAGAUAUGUACAUCUACAUUUUUAAAUGUUUAAAAACAUCAAAAACAUUCCCUCCUAGUACUUCAAGAUAUGACAAGAACCUUGUGCAUUAUAUUAAAGAUUACAUGCCAAGAGACUUGCGAAAUGCUAUUUAAAGAGUAUAAUAAAUGGGUCUCAUUUGAAGGGGAAAAGUCUCUAAGUAGUCAAAUUCAAGUG